GCGACGUGCGUGAAGAAGCCGGAGCUCCUGCAGGAGCUUUUCUCUGAGCUCUGCACGUGCCUCGCUCCCCCCUCCAGCCCCAGCAAACCCGCCCCGCUGUCAGAGGAGCUGAAGCUGGCGGUGAUCCAGGCACUCCACACCCUGAUGCAUUCCGCUUACGGGGACAUUAUCUUGUCUCUGUAUCAGCCUUCCACGCUGCCUCUCUUAGGGUUUGCUGUGUCGUUGCUCCUGGGCCUUGCAGAGCAAGAAAAAGCAAAGCAAAUUAAGAUCUCUGCUUUGCAGUGCUUGCAGGUCCUCGUUCUGCAGUGUGACUGCCAGGAGCAUCGGCACCUGGAUGAAGACGAGGCACAACAAUGUGGGGACGUGUUUGCUUCCUUUUUGCCUGGGAUUUCCAUGACACUGUCUCGGGUUAUUACUGGAGACAUCAAACAAGGUCACAAACCCACCGUUUCUGCCAUCAGAGUCUUUUAUCAGGUUGUUGGUUUGGUGAUGGCUGAUGAACAGCUAGCCAGAGCCCCAAAGAAUAAGGAAAAGCCACCUGUGGAACAAAGCAGAAUUUCAGAACUAAUGGUCCAUAGAGGACCUGACUGGAGUAAAAGUACUGCUGAAAAACUCUGUCUCCUGCUGCAUAAAGUGGUUGAAUUUUCUUCAGUUCACCCCCACUGGAAAGUGCGACUGGAGCUGGUGGAACUGGUCCAGCACUUACUGAGGAACUGCAGUCGGUCGCUGGUGGACUCAUUCAGUCAUCUUUUAAAGGCCUUGGUUGGGCUGGUGAACGAUGAGAACGGCGAAGUCCAAAGCAGGUGUAACGAGGUCCUGCAGGGCAUUGCGGGGCAGGGGAUCGUGGCACAGAGCAGGGCUCUUGCUGACGUCCUCUCCGAGAACCUCCACUCCCUCGCCACAGCUCUUCCUCGCCUGAUGAACUCUCAGGAUGACGCAGGCAAGGUUUCCACUUUGAGCUUGUUGCUGGGCUACCUGAAGCUGCUGGGCCCCAAGAUUAACAUUGUCCUCAACUCCACAUCCCACCUUCACCGUCUGUCUAAAGCCCUGAUGCAGGUUCUGGAGCUGGACGUGACGGAUGUGAAGAUCGUGGAAGACCGACGCUGGGGCUGCGAGAGCGCGUGCGGACCCCCGGGCUCCCUGCAGCCUGGUGUGCAGAAGGGCAGAUGUCAGAAGAAAUACUUCCGCUUCUUCACGGAGGAGAAAGUUUUCCAGCUCCUUCAGCAAGUUUGUCGUGUUCUUGGCUACUACGGGAACCUCUAUUUGCUGGUGGAUCAUUUCCUGGGGCUGUACGGUGAGUCUGGCCUGUACCGAAAGCAGGCGGCCAUGGUCCUCAAUGAGCUGAUCGCAGGAGCUGCUGGGAUGGGGGUGGAUGUCCUCCAGGAAAGGGAAAUUUCACUGAACGUGGAUGAUCUCAAAGGGUCCAUAACGUCCAUUCUCGACGAGUACACAGACCAGGCGAACUGGUAUUUGGUCACUAGCAUUGAGGCAGAAGAAACCAGCCACGAGCACUCUGUGCAACACUCAGGGCUUGCUGCCCGUGCAGGAGGCGUGUGCAGCAGCGUCCUCCUGCCGUCCCCAGAGCCUCAGCUGACGACCCGCACCAUGAACAGCAACAUCUGGCAGAUCUGCAUCCAGCUGGAAGGCGUCAGCUGCUUCGCCGCUGUCCUGGGGACGGAGUUCCGGUUGCUUCUGCUCUCGGCUCUCUACCCUGUGUUGGAGAAAGCUGGUGACAAGACUCUGCUCAUCAGUGAGACAGCGCUGGGGACCCUGGUAGACAUCUGCGAGGCCUGCAGUUAUGACUCUGUCCAGUGUCUGAUUAAUGAGAAUUCUGACUAUCUGGUGAACGGGAUUUCCCUGAAUUUGCGCCAGCUGGCACACCAGCCACGUGCCUCCCAGGUCCUGGACACCAUGCUGAGGCACUCCGAUGCCAGCCUGCUGCCACUGGUAGAAGACGUCAUCCAAGAUGUCCUGUGUGCUCUAGAUCAGUCUUACAGUGACCAGGCUUCCACGUUCCUUGGGGUCCUCCUCUCAGUAAUGACAGCUUUAGCCCGGUGGUUCGGAUGGUCCCGCGCUCAGGAGCGCCGGCAGAGCCAGGCUGCUGAGGGGCAGAGCAGGGCUUUGUCCCGCGGGCAGCGGGCGCUGACGGGGCAGGAACUGCAGCGGUUCUUCCUUGACUACAUGAGACAGAAGCAGAUGGCAGAGGGCAAUCUUCCCGACACAGGGGACGAGGAGACAGAUGAGAUUCCCCCUCUUGCUAAGCCAGAGCCAAACAACUCUGACACAGAAGGAGAGACUCCUCUGCCAAGCCAUGCCCAGCUGGCCAAAGCUGUGAUGGAGAGGUGCAUCCACCUGCUGUCUGACAGGAACCUCCGGGUGCGCCUCAAGGUCCUGGACGUGCUGGAGCUCUGUGUAACUGUGCUGCAUCCUCACGGAAACCACCUGCUUCCCAUGGCUCAUCGUGUCUGGCCAGCUCUCGUCACCCGGCUGAUUAGUGAUGACCCUCUGGCAGUGCUCAGAGCCUUCAAGGUGCUAUGUACUCUGGCUCAAAAGUGUGGAGACUUCCUGAGGCAGAGAUUUUCCAAAGAUGUCCUGCCUAAGCUGACCAGUUCCCUCCUCAGCCAAGCCCCAGCAAGUGCCAGAGCUGGGCCUGUGUACAACCACACACUUGCCUUCAAGCUGCAGCUGGCUGUGCUGCAGGGACUGGGUUCUCUGUGCGAGAAGUUGGACAUGGGCGAGAGUGACCUGAAUAAAGUGGCAGAUGCCUGCCUGAUUUACCUCAGCGCCAAGCAACCCAAGAAACUGCAAGAAGCUGCCCAAAGUGUUUUCCUCCACUUAAUGCACGUGGACCCUGACAGCACCUGGCUCCUCCUGAACGAGGUUUGCUGCCCUCACCAGUACGAGCCCCCCCACGUCAGCCUGCGGCCGGUGAAGCUGAGCGGGAUGGGGAGGCAACGGAACGAGUUCACCGACAACGUGCUGCUCCUGCUGGAGAGGCUGCAGCAGCAGGAGGGUGGGCAGCCGCGGGCUGGGACCCCAGAGGCGGCUCCUCCUUGA